AUGUCAUCCUCAUUUCCCCUCCUCCGUCUUCCUCGAUUGGUACUGUUCGAGGUAUUCAAAUUAUUGGAUAUCGGAGAGAAAUUCAAGCUCUCCCUUUGCUCCAAGAAAAUCUCCACUCAAAUCAAUAAUGCUCGUUUAUACUCUCAAAAAGUUGUAGUCAAUUUGGACAUGUUAUACCAAAACAUCGAAGUUUACACUGAAAACAACAAAGAUACAUUUUACAUCUUCAAUUUUUACGAAUGCAGAGCAAGAAACAAUCCGGGUGUCCAACAGUGUGGAAUCGAAGCGCGUACUGUACCUGUGUUCUCCUCCGGGAUAGGAAUCAGAUUAUUCUGGAAGAAUGUUAGGGACGGAUUUCUGUCUGUCAUUCAGCAUUUACUGAAGAUAUUUCAAUGCAAGUUUUCAAUGAAUAAUAUUCAUAAUAGAUAUUCAUUUGAAAAAACUAUUUCUGAGUUGCUUGAUCUACAACUGAAAUUCAAGAAGCUCAUUAUUUGUUUUAAUCAAUUAAAAAAUCAACAUCUGUUGUGGAACCAGAUAUCCAAUAAACUUGGACUGGUUGAGGAUCUUGAACUCUUAUCCUGUCUUGAUCCUGGUUUCAGACCACUUUUCACUUCAUGGCCGCAGAAUAUUAGAAUCAAGAGUUCCGAUUGGUUCACUCUGGAAUCCCUCUUGACUUGCACUUGCACUACAAUUUCACUCGGCGGGUCUCUCCUGGAAAACAAGGAUUUGGAUAAAACAUUUAGAAAAUGGAAGACUGGAGGAUUCCCGAAUCUAAAAUAUCUGUAUGUCAAUAGUCAACAUAUUGCAAAUAAUGGAACGACAAUUUUGGGAAUGCAUCUAUUCGAGUUAGACGGAAUGGUUGUCCAAACUGAUGAUGGAUCAAAGAAAGCAACGAUACACACUGAUCACGGUAGAAUUGAAAUUUCUGUGACUUCAUUUUAA